AUGGCCUCCCCAGCCAGCACCGCAUCAGGCGCUGAUGACGGGGGCCGCAGGAAGCUCCGCCUGGCAGCUUCAUUGCAGAUCAGCCCCAGGCGUCCUUCCGCCAGCCGGGGCCACGACUCCUGGGAGCCGCCGCCUGUGCCUGGCAUGGAGGACCAUAAGGGGGGUGGGCAGGCCUUGGCCUCCGCUGCGGGGGGCGCCUGUGGGCCCUUAGCAAGGGCUGGAGUAGGAGGGCUGGGGACGGCUCAGGCACCGGAAGACAUGGGGGGGCAGAAGGGAAGUUUCCCGAGGGUCUCUGUCCCCCCUGCAGGGCUCUCUGGGGACUUAGCGAAGGCGGCCAAACAGCUGGGCCUGCAGCUCAAAGACCUGCCGCCCGGCCAGGCCGUGGCCUUGCUCACACAGUACGCAGCCAACCUGGGCGUCUCCCUGAUCUUCCGAGAGGACCAGACGGCAGAUCCCUGCUUCUCCUUCUCUGUGUGUGCGGAGCUGGAUGGGGUGGCCUGCCCCGUGGGCAUUGCCAACAACAAGAAGGAGGCCAAGCAGCAGGCGGCUCUCUCUGCCCUCAACUACAUCCAGAAGCAGCUGGAGGGCCCAGAGUCCCCAAAGGCCGCCAGCAAGCCUUCACCACCCAGCGACCUGAGUGUAGAGAACAUCCUAACCCACGAGCAGCGCUGUGCAGCUGUGGUCAGCGCUGGCUUUGACCGCCUGGUGAGUGAGACCUCACCGUACUGGGCCUGUAAGGGGACUGUGGCUGCUGUCAUCCUGGAGAAAGAGGUCCCGGGUGCCAGGAGCCACACCAAGGAAAUCUACAAGCUGGUGGCCCUGGGCACGGGCAGCAGCAGCUGUGCUGGCUGGCUUGAGUUCUCAGGCCGGCAGCUCCACGACUGCCAUGGCCUGGUCAUCGCCCGCCGGGCCCUGCUGAGAUUCUUGUAUCGGCAGCUCUUGCUGGCGACACAGGGUGGUCCCAAGGGCAGGGAGCAGUCUGUGCUGACCCUCCAGCCCGGGCCUGGGUUCCCCUUUGUCCUCAAGCCCCGGAUCUUCAUACACUUCUACAUCAGCAAUACCCCCAAGGGAGCUGCUCACGACAUCUACCUCCCCCCACCGCCAACACCACCGUCACGGUCCUUUGAGAGCGGCCUGCUGCACAGCGCCCCCUUCCGCCUGCAGGCCCACAUCGGAGGGGAGCUGAAGCCUGUGUGCUACCUGUCCCCCACUGUCCGGGACACCCACGUGGGCUGCCUCUCAGCCAGCGACAAGCUGUCACGCUGGACCGUGUUGGGGGUGGGUGGCGCCCUGAUGGCCCACUUCCUGCCUCCCCUCUAUGCCACCAGUCUCGUCCUGGCUGAUCCCUGCCAUGACCCCCCCACUCUGAGCAGUGCCAUCCACACCCGGCCCAACCUGGACAGGGUCUCAUGCCUGCCACCUCCCUACACCCGGACCAUGCUACACCUAUUUUCAGGGCCCCCUGUGGCUCCUUUGAACCCCACCUCCAACACCUGCCAUGACUUAAGCCUCAACUGGAGCCUGGGGGACUCUGAUGUCGAGGUUGUGGAUGUGACUACCGGACGUGUGAAAGCUGAUGCUGUCCGAGGGCCUCCCUCCCGCCUCUGCAAGGCAGCCUUUCUCCGGGCCUUCCGCCAGGCUGCCCAAGCUCUGGGCAAGUCCCACCUCCUGGCCCUGAAGACCUAUGAGGAGGCUAAGGCUGGGCCCUACCAGGAAGCGCGCCAGCAGCUGUCCCUCCUCCUGGAACAGCAGGGCCUGGGGGCUUGGCCCUCGAAGCCAUUGGUGGGCAAAUUCAGGAAUUGAAACAGACUUCCCGGCGCUGAGGUCCUGAGCUGAGCUAGACACCACUGAGGAAUGCUGUUUCUGGGGGAGGGGGGUGGUUGGGGGAGAACGGUGGGUGCCCAGUGGAAGUUGGCAUUGGAGGGAGGGCCUGGUAUGGUGGAACAGUGGGGACUGCUGCAGAUUUGGGCUUGAAUAAAGAAGCUCUUUCUUGAAUAAAGAAGC